GACUACCUUUCUCUCAGCAUUCACCCUCCCCUGCGAGCGCGCUUCCUCGACAAGCUCCAGAAUGCACCCCAAAUCCUUGGGUCAGGCGGCUCGCGCCUGCUCGUGAACGGGCAGGCACACACUGCCCUCGAAAGCCGCCUGGAGCGGUUCUUCAACGCGCCCAGUGCGCUCCUGUUCAACUCAGGCUUCGACGCGAACGUCGGGUUCUUCUCGACCAUCCCUCAGCGCGGCGAUGUCGUAAUAACAGACGAGGCCAUCCACGCGUCGGUGCACGACGGGAUCCGUGCCUCACGCGUCGGGAAAAGCGGGCAUCGUACAUUCUCUCACAACGAUCUACCAUCUCUAGAGACUCUGCUACAACAACUCCUGGCGGACAACCUGACUCUCAAGGAUGGGCGGAAUAGCGUGUUCGUCGCGGUGGAGAGCCUAUACAGCAUGGACGGCACAUUCGCGCCUCUACCAGAUAUCGUAAGGUUAUUGGAGAGCUUGUUCCCAGCGCGGAACGCGUACCUCGUUGUAGACGAGGCGCACGCGACGGGUAUCUAUGGACCGCAAGGGCGCGGGCUGGUCGCGCACUACGGACUCGAGGACAGGGUCCUCGCCAGGCUGCACACGUUCGGGAAGGCGUUGGCGGGCACGGGCGGUGCGUCGUCUUAA